AUGCAAGACAGUCAAGAGGAUGAUGAUCUAUCUCUGGGCGACGUUUUCACGGAACCUCCCCGUCCACCAACACCUCCGCCAACCUUUGCAACAUACACCCGAAACACCCUUCCCGAUCUCAAAAUCCGCCUCGUUGGCUCGCAUCCGCUAUGGGCCCAUCACCUAUGGAACGCGGCAUUAGCAUUUGCAUCAUAUAUAGAUUCAAAUCCAGAGAUAGCUCGUAAUCGCUGCAUCCUCGAACUCGGAGCUGGCGGAGGCCUUCCAGGACUCGUCGCAGCACAGAAUGGCGCUAAAAAGGUCGUAUUGACAGAUUACCCGGAAGCAGUUCUUAUCGAUAACUUAGAAGUCAACGUAAGACAGAAUCUAUCUCUUGAUGAACAGAAUCGAAUCGAAACCCAGGGAUAUAUUUGGGGUCAUCCCGUAGACAACAUAAUGCGGGCACUUCCAAAGGAUGCCGCAACUGGAUUUCACUUAAUCAUAUUAUCAGACCUAAUAUUUAACCAUUCGCAGCAUGACGCCCUGUUGAAAACUUGCGAUAUGUGCUUGGUUUCUCACUCCUCAAGCGAUGACGCCUCCAUUGCACCAUGCGUGCUGGUUUUCUACUCCCAUCAUCGGCCGCAUUUGGCCGAUCGAGAUCUCGAUUUUUUCCGCAAGGCUCAGCGAGCAGGCUGGGUUUGCGAGGAGAUAGUGACACGAAAAUAUCCGCCUAUGUUCCCGGAAGAUCCGGGCGAAGAGGAAGUUCGUGCAACAGUACAUGGUUGGAGGAUGACCCGGGGCUAA